AGUCUCUAAGAACGUGACAGCUUGCACGUAAACCUAGGCGAGCAUCAUAUCACACAGUGAACGUGAUGAGUAACAGAUAUUAAUUUCUUCAAUAGGAAUAAUUCAAGGUGUCAUUAUGUUUGAUGGUAAUUAAUGUAAUUACAGGCGCUGAAGAUUGUUUUGAAUACGUGGCUGUUAAACUCUCUUAUUUUUUAUUUAAGGACAGAGAGAAUGAACUGAAGCGAGUGGGGUAUAAAUGACCCGUUAUACAGCAGGUAUGUACUCUUGGAGGUCGUACCUUGAUCUCCUACUCGGUUUCAGUUACUUUAAAUGAUCCAGCCGGCUGGACCACUGCUUUGUUUUCAAUGUCAACCUUACAAAUGUCAUUGUCGCUUACUUGGAGUUUUUUUAAAAUUAUUUUUAUAUUUUUCUGAGACGCUUAAAAGUUUUUAUUCUGCUUUUGGUUUAAUGAGAUUAUAACCCGAUAAUUUCAACCGAACAAUGGGAGUCGAGUCAACGAUUGCGAAUUACCUAGGCAGCGCCACCGGGAGUUUAAGCUGGUUUUUCCCCGCGCUUGCUAUGGCCAUCUCGUAUUUCCAGCUAGAAGUAAUGGACAAAGAGUCCCAGCCAAUUGACAUGCCGACAGAAUUACUUCAUCCUGCGUACGACUUCAUCGUCGUCGGCGCCGGAUCCGCAGGCGCAGUAGUAGCGAGCCGCCUGUCGGAGAUAGAAAACUGGAAUGUUCUACUGCUAGAAGCCGGAGGGGACGAAACGGAAAUUUCCGACGUUCCAUUGCUGGCUGGAUAUCUCCAGUUAAGCAAACUUGACUGGAAAUACAAAACAGAGCCUCAAGGCGACGCGUGUCUUGCAAUGGAACAGGGCCGUUGCAAUUGGCCACGCGGAAAAGUCCUAGGUGGCAGCAGCGUCCUGAACUACAUGUUAUACCUGCGAGGGAACCGCAAAGACUACGACAUCUGGGAGCAGCAAGGGAACCCUGGCUGGAGUUCCAAGGAUGCGUUGUACUACUUCAAGAAGUCUGAGGACAACAAGAACCCGUAUUUGGCCAACACGGUCUACCAUUCCACCGGAGGAUACCUGACGGUGCAAGAAGCGCCCUGGAGGACGCCAUUGGCGACUGCCUUCGUGAAAGCUGGUCAAGAAAUGGGCUACGAGAUUCGGGACAUAAAUGGCGCCCGUCAGACGGGAUUCAUGAUCGCCCAGGGAACUAUCAGGGACGGGAGCCGCUGUUCCACCUCCAAGGCCUUCUUAAGACCUGCUAGAUUAAGGCAGAACCUGCACGUCGCCCUAAACUCCCACGUGACCAAGGUGUUGAUCGACCCUACGACAAAGCGGGCCUACGGAAUAGAAAUGAUGCGCGAGGGCAAGAUGUACAGGAUCCGGGCCAAGAACGAGGUCAUUUUGUCGGGUGGCUCCGUCAAUUCUCCGCAAUUAUUGAUGCUUUCGGGUGUGGGACCUAGGGAUCAUUUAGAACAACUGGGAAUUCCGGUGAUCCACGACGCAGCUGUGGGACAGAACCUCCAGGAUCAUGUAGGACUAGGAGGACUGACGUUCUUGGUGAAUCAAGAGGUUUCUAUGGUUGAAAACCGGCUCCACAGUGUCUCUUCAGUGAUGAGGUACGCCAUCUUCGGCGACGGACCGCUGACUGUCUUAGGAGGCGUAGAAGGACUCGCUUUUGUGAAUACCAAGUAUGUAAACGCUACGGAAGACUUUCCAGACAUUGAGUUGCACUUUAUCUCCGGAUCAACGAAUUCAGACGGCGGAAGACAGAUCAGGAAGGUCCAUGGGAUCACUCAGAGGUUCUACGACGCAGUUUUUGGGGAAAUCAGCAGCCGGGAUGUGUGGAGUGUCAUUCCGAUGCUGCUCAGGCCCAAAAGCAAGGGGUUGAUUAGAUUGAGGAGCAAAAAUCCCUUCGACCAUCCUUUGAUCUAUCCGAGUUACUUCAAGGAGCCGGAAGACAUUGCCACGCUAGUAGAGGGCGUUAAAAUUGGCGUCGCGCUAAGUAGGACAGCCGCGUUUAGAAAGUAUGGAAGCGAGUUGAAUCCAAGACCUUUCCCCGGCUGCCAGCAUAUCCCGCUUUACACUGAUCCGUACUGGGAGUGCAUGAUAAGGCACUACUCCGCGACUAUUUACCAUCCGGUGGGAACUUGCAAGAUGGGGCCCAGUUGGGACAGUGAGGCUGUUGUUGAUCCUCAGCUUAGGGUCUAUGGAGUUACUGGGUUGAGGGUUAUUGAUGCUUCUAUCAUGCCGAAUUUAGUCAGUGGGAAUACUAAUGCUCCUGCGAUUAUGAUUGGGGAAAAAGGCGCUGAUAUGAUUAAGGAAUUUUGGCGUAAAAGGAAACAUGGGUUGUGAUUUUCUUUAAUUAGUUGGGAGGAUUUGGGGGAUAAAGUGACCUCCAAAUGGCAAGACUGACUUUAUUGUUUGUAGGCUUAGAUUUGUUGAACGUAGAAUGGGAGGUUAGGUUGGUUUGAGAAAAUUUUUAAUUGUUUUAAUAAAAGUAACAGUGGAAAAAAUUUUUGAUAUGGUCUGAUAUGUUUUUACGUGAUUUUUUUAAGUAGUGUUAAAAAUUUCCAACAGGUGGCGCAUGGUCGCUAAAUUAUCUCGUUAGAAGAGAGUUUAUUUCUGAAAUAUAAUGAUUUUUAAAUCUUUGAAGGAACUAAUGCGUCGUUAGUUUUUUAUUUAAUCGAUUUUUAAGCGAAUCUUUGUUUAACGCAAGACAAUUUUAUAAAAAUAAAAAACUAUACGAUCAGAAAAUUUAAUCACGGGUACA